ACAAAACCCAAACAGACAAGUUGAGAGAAUCGAUCCCUUACCCGAAAAUCAUCCGCCGUAAACUUGGUGUAGUCUCUGGCAUGGCUUCUUCGACGGAGCAGCAGCCUCUGAAAAAGCGAAAGCUGUACGAGCCACCGGUAUCAGAACCAGCGCAAGAAGAAAUCCUUAGACGACGGAGAAACAGAGAAGAAAUCCGAAGCUUAUACGACACUUACAAGCGUAUUAAAUUCUCUAUCUCUCAAAAAGACGCCCACCUCGACCAACCCUAUCUCUCUCUCAUUACUGCUUCUAGAGGUUGUACUAGUGUCCAGCGCAUUGUUGCAGAUCUCAUACCCCGAUAUGCGUCAUACUGUCCAACUGCACUUGAAGCUGCAGCUAAAGUUAUUAUCAAUAUGCACAACUGGAGCUUGGCAGUGAUAAAUAGAGGAGAGGAUGCUGAUGGUGUUGCAUUCGGGACUGCAAAAGCUUGUAUAUUUGGUCUAGCUGAUAUCUGUCAUACUGCUUCAUCGGAGGCACCAACAUCAUCAGUUAUUCAAGGCAUCUGUUCUGCUGUUUUCUUUAAUGUGCUUACCUUCCUAAUAUCCUCUUUUGAGGGGAAGGAUAUUUUUCAGAUUAUUGAUAUGGAAACUCUCAAGUUACAAAAUUCUGCUGAAUUUUUUUCUGAGCUCAAGCAAAAGUUUUCAGAUGAAGAUGUAUCCGAAUUGUUUAAAUUGUCCAAGUUCCGUGCACUUUGUCUUCUCAAAAUUUUCUUUAGUUAUCCUAGAAAUACACUUGCAGCUUGGUUUGAGCUCUUUGACUCCACUGCAAUGGAGGGAGCUCAAAAGGAAGGACAUUACUUCCUUAGUCAAGUGACAAGCAGGCUUAAUGUUGAUGACGUGGCUCAUGAUUUGGACAAUACAAGAAAUGAGCACAAAUUAUCAACAGCUACUAUGGUAACAGAUGAUAAAGGAAAUGAUGUUAUUAGUGAGGGGCAUGUCUCAGAUGGCAACCAGGCUCUAGGAGAUGCAUCUCCUGUCUUAAAGAAUUGCUUGCUGGGACUGGUUGUUGGCAAGGAUCCUUCAUUGAGAAGGUGGAUAUUCUCCAAAUAUAAGAAGUUAUGCAAAUCAGCAUCUUCAGAAGUUGUAUCAGAAGUUACAUCUGUCUUGGAACAAAUGUUUGAAUCUUUUACCGAGCUGGUUAAGCUAGAAGACAUCCAAGUAAAUAAUGAUGAAGAUGAUUCAAAUCCAUCUAAAUACAUAAAUAGACAAUAUUUGGUUCCUAGGAGGAGUACUAAUCAACAUGAGAGCUCUUCUGAUGUUUCUGGAAGAGAUAAUUCAAGAGUUCAUGAUGAUUCGGUGGACAAAUUUUCAGGUCAAUAUUUGAAGCCUCAUAGCUCAUUAGUUCCUCUUGAAACUGAUUUCUCGAAUGCAAGUUCUAGUUAUGAUAGUGGUGGCUCAAAGUCAAUGAAUUUUGAGACUGGGGAGCAUGGAGAUUUAUCCCGUGGUAGGUCUUCCACUCCCAGGGAUCUGUUGAACAAUCAAAUGCCCUCUCCUGUCUCAAGAAAACCAUUAGAAUUCAGGACUAGUUCAUUUAAACAUUUAAACCAUUUUGGCCAAAUUGAGAAGAAUCAAGUUUCAAACUUGGAUCUUAGUUUACCUGCCUUGAGGUCAACCAGUGGAGGCGUAAAUCUUGCUUUUGAAUCUCCUAAACAUCAUCUGGCAGUGCAGCAUCCUUCUACAAAAAGUCACGUUAUUUGGUACUCUGAUGGGGACCCUGCAUCCAUGGAUAUUUUCUCAGCUUCUAAACAACUCUGGUUAGGUUCUUUAGGCCCCGAUGCAUCUGAAGCUCUUGUAAGGUUUCAGUUUGAGAAGUUUGGUCCUAUAGAACAGUUUUUAUACUUUCCAUUUAAAGGAUUUGCCUUGAUUGAAUACAGAUAUAUUAUGGAUGCAAUAAAAGCUAGAGAGAUUAUGCGGGGAUGCUCUCCUUGGGGUGCUUUCCUUAACAUAAAGUUCCUAGAUAAAGGAUUGGGAACCAGGGGAAUUGUGAAUGGUGUUGCAGUCGGUUCUAGUUGCCAAGUUUAUAUUGGAAAUGUUUCAAGUCUUUGGGCCAAGGAUGAGAUCCUCCAAGAAUCGACGAAAGCUGUUUACAAGGGCCCGUGCAUGGUUACUGACCUUACCAGUGAAGGUGCCUUGCUGUUGGACUAUGAGACUCCUGAAGAAGCUGCUGCUGUAAUGGCACAUCUUAGACAGCUCCGUAAGGAAAGAAGUCAUCCUAUUAUAGCUCCGGCUAACGUCGUGAGGCCUAUGGAUGUUACAAGAUCUGGGCCUGCCUCUAUUCCUGUUGACUUCAGAAGCAAUGAUCUUGGAAAUAACAUAGUUGAAUCACCACAUGCUCAAACAGUGCUUGAGAGCCCUUCUGACAACUAUAAUUCAAGGGUGUCUCAUUUAGCUUCCUUACUUUCAUCAUUACGUACAAAAUACAACAUUACUGACAUAUCCAGAAAUAGCAUGAGGGAAGAUGAUCGAUUGCCUACGAGCACUCUUUGGAUUAACAUUUCAAACAUGAGGUCCCCAUUCCUUGCAGAUGAUGAGCUAAUGGCCGUUUGUGAUCUUGCUAUUGGCAGUUUUGGGUCCAUUGUUAGGUUGACACGAACAAAUAUGCAUAUGGGUUCUUCUUGGUUUGUUGAAUGCAGCAGCUUAGAUGCUGCAAAUGCUCUUUUGAAGAAUCUUCGGGGUUGUCCUAUGUCUUUCUUCCAGAUAGAAUUCAGUCAAUCUGGGAAGCACCAAACUGUUCCUUUCACAGUAAAACCUGAGAGCAGUGCUCCAGACCUUGCAACACCCAGAGUAACUCCAGAAAACCAUGGAACCACAAUACAAAGUGGGCAUACAUUUCAGUCAAACUGGACUGCUUUUGAUUGUGCAGGAACACCUGAAGUCGGGGCAAGAAAAGUCGAUGGAUAUGACAAUAAUGCAAUUGUAAAUCCUUUAAAUGGAGGUGGUCAUGUUGUUUCUGGCACAACUGAUCAGACAUGGAUGUCGAAAAAACCUGAACUUGAGCUGCAUUCUGCACCAGGGAACAUUCCAUGCAUACCCACACCAGCUCAGCCACCUGCUCUGCCACCACCACAGCCAUUUCAAUCAUAUCCAUUCAUGAGACCUAUGUAUUUUCCUCCAAACAGUUCCUGGGAUGCACGCGGUAGCCAUCAUCUGCCUUUGAACCCAAUCUCGUCAGGUGUAGUACCUAAUAAUCCUCACUUUCAUCCUGUUGCAGCCCCGUUUCUACCUGCUUCUGUUACUCCCCUUGCACAAAUGCAGGGAAGCUCACUGCAGCACUCCAGCCAGAUGUUUCCCCUGCCUGUUGUGCCACCCCCUGUAGCAACCCUACCACCUCCUCAGCCUGACAUGCUACCUCCAUUACCUCCAACCCCACCUCCCUUGCCUCAUUCUCUGCCACCUCUGCUUCCACCACCUCCUAGUUCUCCCCCUCCAGCUCCAGCUCCAGCUCCAGCUGUGGAAUCUUCCCAUUUGGAAAGUUCUGGACAGUAUUUGCAAUAUCAGUGGCAGGGCACAUUGUGUAAAAGUGGGGUUCAUUAUUGUACAAUUUAUGCACAUAGAGUGGACUCUGAUGCUUGCAAGUACUCGAAUGCCAUUUCUGAGCCUGCGGAAUGGCCUUUGAAAUUAGAUAUGACAAAGCGCACGGAUUUUCGGCAUGUGAAAUCAACAUUUUCCAGUACCCCACCAUAUAAAAGAGAAGUGUGCGUGCUGUUCCCCUCAUCUGAAAGUGACCGUAAAGGCUUUCAGGAUUUCAUAUCAUAUUUGAAGCAGAGGGAAUGUGCUGGCGUUAUUAAGAUCCCAGCUGCCAAAUCCAUGUGGGCAAGACUUCUCUUCAUUCUCCCUUAUUCAGUUGAUGUGUGUUCCAUGCUGUCUAUUGCUCCUAAUCCAUCAGAUUGCCUAAUUGCUUUAAUUUUGCCUAAAGAGAUGAACUUUGAGUGGGUAUGAUCUUCCUAGUCUAUGAUAGGGAAGAAUAGAGUGGGGAAGGGUGCCAAUUCUUACGCACUAUGAGGUUGAUGUUUCUCGCACCUUCAGAUUUCCAUAGUGACUUCAGUAAAGAAGGCCUAUUAUAUGCAUCACUGAUAAAAUCAACUUCGGCAAUGCUGAUCUGAUCUAAUGAUGUGAGAAGACAAUGCCGUGCCUUUUCAAAUUUGAAUGUACUUUGGCAUCAGUGCAAGAGAGACUCACUUUCUUGAGAAACAACGAUGAUAUAUAUAUUCAGCUUCUCAUAUCCGACAUUGUACAGAACAUUUUUCCUCGGGCUUUUUGGUUGAAUUUAAGGGAGAUAUAAAUUAGUUGUGAGAUACACUUUAAAAAUACUCAAAUUUCAACCAUCAGGUUUGUCUCUGGGUGGGCGCAAAGUUGAGCUGGAAUCAAUGAAAGAAUGAUUUGAAUUUCCAUGUUUUCAUUUUUUUUUUGCUUUGUUGAUUGUUAUUUUUAUGUUUUCAGGCGGAUGAUUACUUUUGAGUUUUCCACAUUGGAGUGGAUACCAAGCCAUAGGUUUUAUUGGCAUUUUGGGAAAAACUCGGAUUACAUUGGGAUUGAGAAACUGAGUUGAGCGUCGGUACGUAAUCAAUUAGUCUAGUUAAAGAUGGUAGUUAGUCACUGGAUAAUGUUGUAUUUGAAAGGGAUCAUCGAAUGGUAUUGAAAUUGUGCUGACUAAUAGAAUUGUUCCUUCA